AUUCUUUCCCAGAAUUUUAUUUAAUCCAUCAAACUUUUUUAUUACCAAAAGAAAGACUUUUUAAAGAGAGAGAUAGAGAAAAAUGAUCUUUUUUUCCCCACAAUUAUCGUCAUCAAAUUAGUAAUAUAAUUGAAAAUUAAGGAAGACCCAUUUCUUUUUUCUUAGAUCCCAUAAUAACCCAGAUAAAGACUUGUUAAUUUUCUUUGAAUUUUCCCAGAAAAAUUUGAUCUUGUAUUGUCACAUCAUUAGUCUUGUGAAAGAAGAAAAAAAACCCAGAAAAAAGAUUUCAUUUUUUUCCCUUGAGGAGAGAGAAAAAGAAAGAGAUGUCGGAAAAUAAGCAAGGGUCACCGGGAGCUCCGGUAAAAAAGCUGAUAAGUUCUUCAGGGACAAAACCGACAGCAUCGGUUUUACCCUAUCAAACGCAGCGUUUAAGGGACCAUUAUUUGAUCGGAAAAAAAUUGGGUCAAGGUCAAUUUGGUACAACAUAUUCAUGUACAGAGAAAACAAGUGGAAAUCUUUAUGCUUGUAAAUCAAUACCCAAAAGAAAACUUUUGUGUAAAGAAGAUUAUGAAGAUGUAUGGAGAGAAAUUCAGAUAAUGCAUCAUUUAUCAGAACACCCAAAUGUGGUUAGAAUAAAAGGGACUUAUGAAGAUUCAGUUUUUGUGCAUUUGGUUAUGGAAUUAUGUGCAGGUGGUGAAUUAUUUGAUAGAAUUGUAGCAAAAGGACAUUAUAGUGAAAGACAAGCUGUUCAAUUGAUUAAAACAAUUGUUGGGGUUGUACAAGCUUGUCAUUCUCUUGGUGUUAUGCAUAGAGAUCUUAAGCCUGAGAAUUUUCUAUUUGAUACACCUUCUGAAGAUGCUAAGCUUAAGACUACUGAUUUUGGUCUUUCUGUCUUUUAUAAGCCUGGACAAUAUUUCAGUGAUGUAGUUGGGAGCCCUUACUAUGUUGCACCUGAAGUGUUGUGCAAGCGCUAUGGUCCUGAAAUAGAUGUUUGGAGUGCUGGUGUCAUUCUCUACAUUUUACUGAGUGGUGUUCCUCCAUUUUGGGCUGAAACCGAGUCAGGAAUUUUCAGACAGAUUCUCCACGGAAAGCUAGACUUUGAAUCUGAACCAUGGCCAAAUAUUUCAGAUAGUGCAAAGGAUUUGAUCCGUAAAAUGCUUCAAAGAGACCCAAAGACGCGCAUAACAGCUUAUGAAGCUCUUUGUCACCCAUGGAUUGUGGAUGACACCAUUGCACCUGAUAAACCAUUGGACUCUGCCGUUUUAUCACGUUUGAAACAUUUUUCAGCUAUGAACAAAGUUAAAAAGAUGGCUUUACGUGUUAUAGCUGAGAGCCUUUCAGAAGAAGAAAUUGGUGGUUUAAGAGAGUUGUUCAAGAUGAUUGACACUGAUAACAGCGGAACAAUAACUUUUGAAGAAUUAAAAGUUGGUCUUAAGAAAGUGGGAUCUGAAAUGAUGGAGUCUGACAUCAGAUCUCUUAUGGACGCUGCUGAUAUUGACAACAACGGAACCAUUGAUUAUGGUGAAUUCCUUGCUGCUACACUACACAUGAAUAAAAUGGAGAGGGAAGAGAACUUGAUAGCAGCUUUUAAAUAUUUUGACAAAGAUGGUAGUGGUUAUAUAACAAUUGAUGAGCUUCAAGAGGCGUGUAAAGAAUUUGGUCUAGGUGAAGGUCAUCUUGAUGAAACAAUCAAGGAAAUUGAUCUGGAUAAUGAUGGGCGCAUUGACUUUGGAGAGUUUGCUGCGAUGAUGAAGAAAGGCGACUCAGGAGAUGGUGGAAGAACCAUGAGGGGAAAUUUGAACUUCAACUUGGCUGAGGCAUUGGGAGCAAAAGAGCCAGAGCCGGCUUCAGCGUCUAGCUGAACAAAUUGUCUGCUGUAUAGCUCUGAAGGAGAGUGACUAGCAAUGUUGUUACUGAUCUAUAGAACCUUCAUGUUGCUUUACAUGGAUUGGAUUUUGGAAUCCAAUUUUUGAGAUUUUGAAUGUGGAAGAACUUCCAAUUACUUUAGAUAAAUUAUAGUGGAGUAGUGGAGAAAACUGCAUUUAACUUGUAAAAGAAUGAUAUAUAAGCAAGUUAAUUGAGCCAACUGUAUACUUUCAUGUAA